GUCCCAGAGAGCUGCAACUUUCCCAGUGUUUUAUGGAGAGCACACACCUUCGCUGUGCUGCCACUAUCUAAUGCUGAAGACUCGUCAAUGGCAAACAUGACACACGCCUUUGCAGCCGCUACCCCAAUUUUGGGGUGGUUUGAUCUCAGCAUAUUUGGAAUUAUGCUGAUCCUAUCGACCCUGGUUGGAAUUUAUUUUGGCGUUUCGAAAAAGCAGGACAGUGCAAAGGAAUACCUCAUGGGCGGCAAGAGCAUGGGAAUGAUCCCUGUUGCCAUUUCGUGUGUUGCGAGUUUCGUGUCAGGAAUCACGGUUCUUGGCGUGCCCACGGAAACAUACCUAUACGGGACUCAGUACAGCGCAGCAGCAAUUUCUUUUAUAUUGAUUGGUUGGACCACGGUCAAAUUUUUUAUACCCAUCUACUCAAAAUUAGAAAUCAGCUCUUCCUAUGAGUAUCUGGAGCUCCGAUUUGACAGCAGAGUGCGCCGGAUGUGCUCGUUCAUGUAUUUAAUUGCGCUGAUGUUUUACAUCCCUGUGGUCGUAUACGUGGCAGCGCUCGCAUUUAGCCAGGUGGCAGGAAUCGAUGUGUACCUUAUCACGCCAAUAACAUGCUUGGUUUGCAUUUUUUAUACCACAAUGGGAGGAAUGCGAGCAGUGGUGUGGACCGAUGCCUUGCAGACUGUGGUAAUGAUGGCCGCAAUUAUUUUUGUAAUGGUGCAAGGCGCUGCAAAACUUGGUGGCUGGAGCAGUGUUUGGGUAAUCAACGAGACUGGUGACAGAUUGAAAUUUUUCAACAUGGACCCUAAUCCAUUCCAACGACAGUCAUUUUGGACGGUGGUCGUCGGAGUUUACUUCAUGUUUUUGGCUGAUUGCGCGACAGGUCAAUCAUUUGUGCAACGCUACCUCUCAGUACCUGACCAAAAAACUGCUGUCAAGACGGUCUGGCUGUUCGUGUUUGGUUUGGCUCUAACUUUACUACUCAGCGUCGCUAAUGGUCUGUUAGUCUACGCAUCGUACUCUGGUUGCGACCCGGUGUUAUCACAGAGAGUAAGCAAACCAGACCAACUGCUACCGUUGCUAGUAAUGGAUGUUGCUGGACAUAUUCCUGGCUUCGUCGGUCUCUUUGUUGCAGGCGUCUUUAGCGCAGCCCUGAGUUCCAUGUCUACCAGCUUGAAUUCGCUAUCAGGCAUCCUAGUCACCGACUUUUUAUCAGGUGUGCUGUCUCCAAAAUUAAGCACCGGUCAGUGGCUGAGAGUCAUUACCGUCGUCGUGGGUCUCAUUUGCAUGGCGCUCGUGUACGCGGUUGAGCAUCUCGGUGGCAUUUUGCAGGGCAUACUGAGUUUAAAUGGCGUCACUUCCGGACCAAUGUUGGGCCUUUUUCUGCUCGGAAUGUUUUUCCCAUCAGCAAACAGCAGGGGCGCACUAAUCGGAUCAGCUGCAUCCUUAAUCUCGCUCACUUUUGUUGUAUUUGGCGCACAAUAUGCUCAAAACACGGGAGCCUUGGUGUAUAAAGCGCUUCCACUGUCCGUCGAGAGUUGCAAUGUCACAGGAAACUCCUCUUUCCUGCAUGACUAUCACCACGAAGAACUAAUUGAAGAGAACGACGAAACUUUGAUAAUUUUCAAGCUAUCUUUUACAUACUACACGCUCCUCGGGGUGCUGAUCGUCGUAGUCGUGGGAUAUCUUGCCAGCAAGCUCAGUGAGGAUGAAGAUUCCAAACGUAAAGCCAUAAAUCGAGACUUGUUGUGCCCGCUUGUGCACCGCUUUCUACCAAAAGAACUGGAGCAAGGAUCGACACCUGAGAAAGAUGCCCUCAUGAAUCAACCGGAGAAAUAAAAACGAUCAUUUCGUCAGUUAUUAAAAGUGUAGUGCAAUGAAAAUCACAUAUAUCCAAACACAAAAUGGAAUUGUUUAUUUUGUCAACCUGCGAGAUUUGUUGUAUGCAACCCGCGCACCUCAACUGCCAUGCAUGUUGCCUACUUCUCUUUCUUUGGUUUAUUGUUAUUUAAAUCAAACAUUCCAAAAUAUAAAGUUUCAAUCAGAUCAGCGUGAA